GGGACCUCGGCGGCAGGUCUGCCCGGGCCAGACGCGCGAGCGCAGGCGGCGGCUGCAGGUUGUGGGUGUCCCCCUUCUCGGCUUCCCCACCCCCGGCCCCGACCCUCCGACCGUCCCCGCCGCGUCUCGCCGCCAUGCGCUCCGGCCGCCUAGCGCUGCUCCCGGGCGUGGCGCUGCUGCUCGCCUCGGCCCGCCUCGCCGCCGCCUCCGACGUGUUGGAACUCACGGACGAAAACUUCGAGAGUCGCGUCGCCGACACGGGCUCGGCGGGGCUCAUGCUAGUCGAGUUCUUCGCGCCCUGGUGUGGACAUUGCAAGAGGCUUGCCCCUGAAUAUGAAGCUGCAGCAACUAGAUUAAAAGGAAUAGUCCCGUUAGCAAAGGUGGAUUGCACUGCCAACACAAACACCUGUAAUAAGUAUGGAGUCAGUGGCUACCCAACCCUUAAAAUAUUUAGAGAUGGUGAAGAGGCAGGUGCUUAUGAUGGGCCUAGGACUGCAGAUGGAAUUGUCAGCCACUUGAAGAAACAAGCAGGACCAGCUUCCGUUCCUCUCAGAACUGAGGAGGAAUUUAAGAAGUUCAUUAGUGAUAAAGAUGCCUCGGUUGUGGGUUUUUUCAGGGAUUUAUUCAGUGAUGGGCACUCCGAGUUCCUAAAAGCAGCCAGCAACUUGAGAGAUAACUACCGAUUUGCACAUACCAACAUUGAAUCUCUGGUGAAGGAAUACGAUGAUAAUGGAGAGGGGAUCACUUUAUUUCGCCCUUCACAUCUUGCUAACAAGUUUGAAGACAAAACCGUGGCAUACAAUGAACAGAAAAUGACCAGUGGCAAGAUUAAAAAGUUUAUUCAGGAAAACAUUUUUGGUAUCUGUCCUCAUAUGACAGAAGACAAUAAAGAUUUGAUACAAGGCAAGGACUUACUUACAGCUUACUAUGAUGUGGACUAUGAAAAGAAUGCUAAGGGUUCCAACUAUUGGAGAAACAGGGUGAUGAUGGUGGCAAAGAAAUUCCUUGAUGCUGGACACAAACUCACCUUUGCUGUAGCUAGCCGUAAAACCUUUAGCCAUGAACUGUCUGAUUUUGGCUUGGAAAGCACUACUGGAGAGGUUCCUGUUGUGGCUGUCAGAACUGCUAAAGGAGAGAAGUUUGUCAUGCAGGAGGAGUUCUCGCGGGAUGGCAAGGCUCUUGAAAGGUUCCUGCAGGAUUAUUUUGAUGGCAACCUGAAGAGAUACCUGAAAUCUGAACCUAUCCCAGAGACCAACGACGGGCCUGUCAAGGUUGUGGUAGCAGAAAAUUUUGAUGAAAUAGUGAAUGAUGCAGAUAAGGACGUGCUGAUUGAGUUUUAUGCUCCUUGGUGUGGUCACUGUAAGAAUCUGGAACCCAAAUACAAAGAGCUGGGAGAAAAACUCAGCAAAGACCCAAAUAUUGUCAUAGCCAAGAUGGAUGCCACAGCCAAUGAUGUGCCUUCUCCAUAUGAAGUCAAAGGUUUUCCUACCAUCUACUUCUCACCAGCCAACCAGAAGCUAAAUCCAAAGAAAUAUGAAGGUGGCCGUGAAUUAAAUGAUUUUGUUAGCUAUCUACAAAAAGAAGCUACAAACCCCCCUAUAAUUCAAGAAGAAAAACCCAAGAAGAAGAAGAAGGCGCAAGAGGACCUCUAAAGCAUUAGCCAAAUGCACCACUUUGUAAAAGGACUCUUACACCAGAGAUGGCAAAACCAUCAGAGGACAGAAUGAUACAUUCUGAAUCCUGUUAAAUUUUCUCUAAACUGUUUCUUAGCUGCACUGUUUAUGAAAAUACCAGGACCAGUUUAUGUUUGUGGUUUGGGGAGAAAAUUAUUUGUGUUGGGAAGAAUGUGGGGGUGGGGGGAAUUAAGUUGGGGUUAUUUUCUAAUUUUUUUUGUACAUUUGGAACAGUGACAAUAAAUGUGCCCCCUUUA